AAGAGAAUCAACCAUUGAACCACAACCUCGAACAACACCAAUUCUAAUCAUAAUCACCAACUACUACCUCUAAGGUACCCAUUAAGCAGGUACCAUAAGCAAAAACAAACAACUUUUUCACCAUUUCGUUCCUCCGGCCAUUCCUCCGCCAAACGCUCGGCAAAAUGGGCAAGCCCGUCGUCCCGCGAACCGGCCACGCCACGGCGCGCAUCAACGGCACUGUUGUUGCGGAGGCCACGGCGUGGCGCGAGACGGAGGGGAACGUGUACUUCCCGCCUGAGAGUGUGAAGAAGGAGUAUUUCCGGGGCACGGAGCAGAGUACUUAUUGUCCGUGGAAGGGGGAUGCGAGCUACUAUAGCAUUGAUGUUGAUGGUGCCAAGUAUGAGAAUGCGGCGUGGUAUUAUAAGGAGCCGCUCGAGGGCGCUGUUGAUUUGAGGGAUCACGUUGCGUUUUACAAGAACAAGGUUGAGAUUACGGUGGAGUAAAGGGUCUCUGGGACGAGAUAAGUAUUAUGAAGCGAUGAGAAGAAUAUCUGAUUGAACUAUACUGAAUACAAUGCGAAAUCGAUUUACAAUGAG